GUUCGAGUUGUCAGCUCCGGCCUGAGGAACUGUUGCCCUGAGCAAUUUGGCUUCUCUAGGUUUCAUAAGAGAAGUCUGUGUCUGUUCCUGUUAUUGGUGGUGAAGGUUUUUGUGCUUGGAGAGUGCCCUUCCUGACUUGGCCCCUCCCUUUGCAAAAUGAAGGGGUGCACCUGGGUAUUUGUGGCAACUUUACUUUGUCAGCAGUUUUGCCUCUUCAGAGUUAUGGCAGCAAAGAGAGAGAGAAAGAUGAAGAAAGAACCUAAUCAGUAUACAGAGCCUUUCAAUGCCACCCUCUCAAACAGUGAAGAACUGCACGGGCAUCCCAAGAUCCUAGAAUCUCCAGAUCCUCGAAUCACAGACCCACGGCGGACCUGGAUAUCCUUUGUUCACCGCCCAGAUGAUGGCAAUACCUCUAAAAGGAGAUGCAAAGGGAAAGACAAGAAAUUACGUGGCCUUGUUGGGCCCCCAGGACCUCCUGGCCCCCAGGGACCUCCAGGAGCACCUGGUGCUGAAGUCACCCGGGAAGUCCUUUUGCAGGAGUUUAAGGAGAUAUUAAAAGAAGCCAUUGAGCGUCGAGCAUCCCUGGCUAUUUCAGCCCAUCCUAGCCAGCUGCCUCCGCUCCUGCUCUCCUUGGAGGAAGUUUCACCGCACAGACGCGUAGAGGAGGCAUUCCAUUGCAAGCUAAAAGGACAAGUCAUUGUAGAUAAGAAGACCCUGGUAGAACUUCAGAACUUCCAGUCGGUGAGAAGGGAUUACAGACUGAACCUGUGCAACACCACAACAGCCAUUCCUCUGGCCAAAGGAGCGUUUCUCCGGGGGACAGGAUUAAAUCUGGCAACAGGACGUUUCACAGCACCCGUGUCCGGCAUCUACCAGUUUUCAGCCAAUGUCCACAUUGACCACAGUGAGUUGAAGAGUAAAGUCCAACUCCGAGCCAGAGAUAACGUCCGAGUGUUGAUCUGCAUUGAAUCUCUGUGCCACCGAUACACGUCUUUGGAAGUCAUUGCUGGUCUGGAAAGUAACAGCAAAAUCUUCACUAUCUAUGUACAUGGCUUAUUGCAGCUGCAGGCUGGCCAGUACACCUCCAUAUUUGUGGACAACAGCGCUGGAGCUCCCAUCACCAUUCAGAACGGAUCCGAUUUCAUGGGCAUGUUAAUGGGCGCGUAACAUCGUCUGCAGCGGUGUCGCAGGGAAGGAUAUGAAUUAGAGCCUUGCAGUGUAUAUUGGACUGAAGAAACCUUUACUUUGCCUCUUGAAGACUGCUUCCUGUAACUGUUGGCAUCUUUUUAAACAAGCAAAGAGCCUGUCCUUUCACAGAUACUUCAGCUUGCUUUCAGAGGCUACUGCUUCUCAAGGUCCACACCAGUUCAUUCAUCAUAAAAAAAAAAUAUACUUUUAUAAUUCAGAAACAAACUCUGUAAUAUUUAAGUUGUGCUUCACCAGAUGCUCACUAAACAAUACACUGAGAUUUGGAAUUUGUUACGUUAUAACUUUAUUUCACAAUAGCACUUGUAAUCAGCAUGUCUUUUGGGAUUGAUUGUGGGGUGUUUGCGUUUGUAAAUGAAGGAUUGAAAGGGGAAGUAAAAUAGCGACUAUAUUUUAUGUGUU